AUGGCCUUCUGGAGGCGAGGAGAGGAGAUCUGUGUGCCUGACCUGAGACCGGAGCCACUGCAUGGCUCGCUGGUUACAGCUGCCACGCAGCCAGUGCUGUUCACGCCCUCCGCUUCCUUUUAUAACCUGUGUUCGAGUCGAGCACCUCUGUCAGGCCAGAGAAGAUGCGUGUCCAUGGCGCUGGAGUACAAGAUGCAAGCUCCUCCGCUCUCCAAGCCUCCGCUCUCCAAGCCUCCGCUCUCCAAGCCUCCGCUCUCCAAGCCUCCGCUCUCCAAGCCUCCUCUCUCCAAGCCUCCUCUCUCCAAGCCUCCGCUCUCCAAGCCUCCGCUCUCCAAGCCUCCGCUCUCCAAGCCUCCUCUCUCCAAGCCUCCGCUCUCCAAGCCUCCGCUCUCCAAGCCUCCGCUCUCCAAGCCUCCGCUCUCCAAGCCUCCUCUCUCCAAGCCUCCGCUCUCCAAGCCUCCGCUCUCCAAGCCUCCGCUCUCCAAGCCUCCGCUCUCCAAGCCUCCUCUCCAAGCCUCCGCUCUCCAACCUCCGCUCUCCAAGCCUCCGCUCUCCAAGCCUCCUCUCUCCAAGCCUCCGCUCUCCAAGCCUCCGCUCUCCAAGCCUCCGCUCUCCAAGCCUCCUCUCUCCAAGCCUCCGCUCUCCAUGCCUCCACUCUCCAUGCCUCCGCUCUCCAUGCCUCCGCUCAUCUCUAAGCAGACCAUCAAGCCAUUGUAA